AUGGUUUACCAUAAUUUGAAAGCACUCAUCAAGGGUAUCCGAGCAUGUAAGACUGUCGCAGAUGAACGCGCUCUCAUACAACAAGAGUCAGCCGCUAUUCGGGCCUCUUUCAGAGAGGAGGACUCAUACAUGCGACACAACAACAUUGCGAAGCUGCUUUACAUACAUAUGCUCGGCUCCCCUGCACACUUUGGCCAGAUCGAAUGUCUGAAGCUUGUCGCCAGUCCGCGGUUCAGUGACAAGAGGCUCGGGUACUUGGGAAUCAUGCUACUGCUGGACGAGAGUCAGGAGGUAUUAACGCUCGUGACGAAUUCACUCAAGAAUGAUAUGAACCAUUCGAAUAUGUAUGCAGUCGGCUUGGCGCUAUGUACCUUCGCCAAUAUCGCUUCAGAGGAGAUGUCUCGUGACCUUGUCAAUGAGAUAGAGAAAUUGCUUGGUUCAAGCAAUACCUACAUCCGGAAGAAGGCUGCGCUGUGCGCUCUCCGCGUCAUCAAGAAAGUGCCUGACCUUACAGAUCACUUCAUUUCCAAAGCCAAAAACCUCCUAGCCGACCGCAACCAUGGCGUACUCCUUACAGCCAUUACGCUGGUCAUCGAGAUGGUACAAGCUGAGCCUGUAUGCUUAGAUGAGUUCCGCAACGCUGUGCCAUUACUCGUCCGCCAUCUCAAAUCUCUGGUCACUACGGGAUAUAGCCCAGAACACGACGUUUCCGGCAUCACGGAUCCAUUCUUACAAGUCAAGAUCCUGCGUCUUCUUCGAUUACUCGGACGUGGCGACGUCCAAGCGAGCGAAACUAUGAACGAUAUCCUGGCCCAGGUGGCGACGAACACAGAUUCUACCAAGAAUGUCGGGAACUCAAUCCUAUACGAGACGGUACUGACUGUGCUCGAAAUCGAGGCAGACAGCGGCCUGCGUGUCAUGGCCAUCAACAUCCUUGGCAAAUUCCUCAGUAACCGCGACAACAAUAUUCGGUAUGUCGCCCUCAAUACCCUCAACAAGGUUGUAUCAAUGGAUACAAAUGCCGUUCAGCGACACCGAAACACAAUCCUAGACUGUCUUCGCGAUGGAGAUAUCUCCAUCCGUCGACGUGCACUCGAGCUCUCAUAUGCCCUGAUCAAUGAGCAGAACGUCCGAAUCUUGACACGGGAACUCCUCGCGUUUUUGGAGGUCGCCGACAACGAGUUCAAACUUGGUAUGACGACUCAAAUCAGUUUAGCCGCGGAACGGUUUGCGCCCAACAAACGGUGGCACAUUGAUACUGUUCUGCGAGUGUUGAAGCUGGCCGGGAACUACGUGCGCGAAGAGAUCUUAUCCGCUUUCGUCCGGUUGGUGGCACACACGCCUGAACUGCAGGCCUACACUGCGUCAAAACUUUACGCUGCCCUACGCUCAGAUAUCUCGCAAGAGUCUCUGACUUUAGCGGCUACGUGGGUCAUCGGCGAGUACAGCGAGAUCAUGAUUGAGGGUGGCCUCGUAGACGACGAGGCACCCAAACCUGUCACGGAUACCGAAAUCGUGGAUCUCAUCGUCUCCACCCUCGACUCACCAUACGCCAACUAUCUCACUCGUCAAUUUACCUUUGCCGCUAUCACCAAGAUCUCUGCGAGGCCGACGACCAGUGCGGCACAACAGGACCGCAUCGCCGCCAUUCUGGCGUCGUACACCACAAAUAUGGAGCUUGAGCUCCAGCAGCGUGCGGUAGAGUUCGCGAGCUUGUUUGCGCUUGGUGAUCUUAGGGCCGGUGUGCUGGAGCGCAUGCCGGCACCGGAGUUGAAGGCUACUGUGUCGGGUGUUGUGAGCGAGAACAAACCUGUGGGAUCAACGCGGACAGGGAAAGACGCUGAUCUUCUAGGGGACGAAAUCGCCCCGUCUGGCCCAGCGCCGACCGUUGUUCAACCUAACAUUCAAAGCAACCAAGACCUCCUUGCCGAGAUUUUUGGUGGCUCAUCGAACGAGACCACCCCAGCUCUCUCCAUCAAUCCAUCAAACCCCUCAGCCGCCACUCCCGCACCGAAGAAAUCCGCCGUCGACGACAUCCUCGGUCUCUUUGGCUCUACGCCCUCUCCCGCCCCAAUGUCUGCAGCUGCCUCUCCCUCACCUUCGAGCCUCUUCGCCACUUCAUCUCCCGUACCAUCGUCGUCCCCUGCUCCACCGCCACCACAGGCCGCACCACCACACGCCCCAGCCGCAAGCAAGCUGCAGUCGUAUACCGCGUAUGAUGCGAAUGAGUUGUUCGUGACGUUGACGCCACAGACGUCGCCGCAGAGGCCUGGGGUUGUUUUAAUACUGGCUAGGUUUCAGAUGAAGGGGUCGACGCCUGCGACGGGUUUGAACUUCCAGGUUGCUGUGCCGAGGACACAACAAUUGCAGAUGCAACCAGUGUCGAACCCUGACGUUCAACCGGGAGCGACAGAAACUCAGCAAAUGCGAAUCUUGGCUCCUGCAGGUAGCAACAUCCGCCUCCGUCUUCGAAUAUCCUACAACCUCGGCGGCCGAGCCGUCCAGGACCAAGUAGACUUUGCUGGAUUCCCUGCGGGUUUGACCUGA